GAAAUAAAAGGAGAAAAUGGAAGUCCAUUUCCAUGGUCAUAGGAGGGAGGUAGGAGGAGAAAUGGAGAAGAAGGCAAGGGAGAGAGAGAGAGACGCCAGAUAUGGACAUGGGGGGAUUGAAUUGUGAAUUGAUUGCGCACAAAAUAAUAUGCAUAGUUUUGUUUUUAAUUUCUCACCAUUUUUAUUAGAUUUUUAGAAAUGGAAACAACUUAGAAAACUCCGUAAACGCCCCCUCCUUCCUUCCUUCCUCCCUCACCUCUCUUCUUCUUAGUUCUUCCCUCUUCCCCAUCGCUGCCGAUUCGUUUAUUUCUGUCUUUCCCUUUUCGUUUAUUUCUAAUCUCUCCCUUUCCUUCUCCCUCUUCCUUCGUCUUUCUUUCACCUUUCUGUAUACUGAUGCCCAAUACCCUGUUUCAACUUCCCUUUCUCGGUGCCCAUCAUUAUAAUUGUUCAGUUUCGAAUCUUUUCAGCGAUUAGCAAUUGGCCCAGAUCAGUUCUGCCACCAAGUAAGAAAACCCAUUCCCCAAUUUCACUCCCUACCCCUACUCUUGCUUGUCUGAUCGAUUCAAUUUAUUGUCAGUAGUUUCGUCAAUCGGAUGCAGCUGUAAUUUACAGCUUUCUGGAACUGAGGGGUUCCUUUUUCUUUGUUGAUUAUGAUGAUCUUUAGAGGAGGCGGAGAUGUGCUAGUAGCAGCGAUGAGAAUUCAUAACAGGCAUAAAUCAAAGCACUAGGUCAGCUGAUUAGAAUUGGAGCCAAUCGUGAAUUCGUGAUGGAAGCUAAACGAGUCAAGACUCAAGAGUCUUCAUCAGUCCUUUGUUUCCUAGAAAACACUACAAGCUCCCUGCAUUCUGGGAACUCAGUAGUUGUUAUAUCCGCGAAGACAUGGCCGGGGUACAAGAUCAGUUAGAGAUCAAAUUUCGAUUGACAGAUGGAUCAGAUAUUGGUCCCAAAAGCUUUCCUACUGCUGCGAGUGUUGCAACUUUGAAGGAAACCGUUCUUGCUCAAUGGCCUAAAGAGAAAGAGAAUGGUCCACGGACGGUGAAAGAUGUGAAGUUGAUAAGUGCAGGAAGGAUAUUGGAGAAUACACGAACCAUAGGGGAAUGCCGCAGUCCUCUAUGUGAUGUUCCUGGUGGGGUCACAACCAUGCACGUAGUUGUUCAACCACCAUCAACAGAGAAAGCAGAUAAGAAAGCAGCUCAUCUACCAAAACAAAACAAGUGUGUUUGCGUCAUUUUAUAAUUGGCAACGGUAAAGCAGAAAGAACAGCCAGAUUUCCAGGUAAAAUACACAUUGGAGCUGUUACAGAUGAACAUUUAUGUGAAUUGGUUUUGAGGGGGGCAUUGGGGUCAUCAGGAGGGCGCAUUUGUCACAGCUCACAGGGUCUUUUACUUGAGGCGCAAGUCUUUGCUUCCUACAGAGAAACAGUUGUGUGUGUCUCACUGUCAAUUCAGUAUACAAUGAUUGUGAUAAUGUGGGGGGAAAUGAAUUGGAUUUACACUUGUAUGCAAUCUAACUACGACCGACAGUUUUUUCCUUUUUUGUGGUCAAGUCACUUUCUCAUUGAUGCACUGUCCGUACGACGGUUUUGGGUUCUUUCCAAAACCAGUACCCAAAUUCAUUUCGGCUGUUGGAAGAGUUAUAUGGUUGAAUCUGAUUUAGGAUGCAUCUUUUUCAGGUAACAUUUCAAUUAAUGCAAAGCAAUAUAUGGAGCUGCGAGUUCACGUUUUAAGUGUGGUUAGCAAACG